CUCCUGCCACCUCCACGGCAGGGGAGCAGCGGCCCGGCGCAGUCUCCGCCGCGCUACCGCGCUCUUGGCCCCGUCCGGCUACCGUUGCUCGCUCUGCGGCGGCGCCCCUGACCCGGAAGCGUAUUCUCCUUAGCAACUGCGGGACCGCGGCGGCGUCAGCCUCCCGGGAGCCACGCCAGUGACUCCUGAGCUACUCAAGGCAGGAAGAACUCUGAGCUGAGCAGUGGAGGCCCCCCCCCGGAUCUGGAGAGAAGAGGUGACCUUGGAACCAGGAAUGAGCCAUCCUGACUGCAGGCUGAACCUCCGGCCCCUGGGGACCCCCAGAGGUGUGUCCUCUGUGGUCGGCCCCCAUGGUGUCGGUGCUUCGCCAGGAGACAAAAAGGCAAAGAACAAGUCCGUACGAGGGAAGAAAAAGAGCAUAUUUGAAACCUACAUGUCCAAGGAGGAUGUUUCAGAAGGCUUGAAGAGAGGAACACUUAUCCAGGGUGUACUGAGAAUUAAUCCAAAGAAGUUUCACGAAGCCUUCAUUCCUUCCCCGGAUGGUGAUCGCGACAUUUUUAUCGAUGGUGUCGUUGCUCGUAACAGAGCCCUGAAUGGGGAUCUGGUGGUCGUGAAGCUGCUUCCAGAGGAGCAGUGGAAGGUAAUUAAACCAGAGAGCAAUGACAAAGAAACAGAAGGUACCGAUGAAUUAGAUCUCCCUGAAGAGCCCUUUGGAAGCCAUCUCCCACAGCAGUCCGUGAAAGGCUAUAAUGACAGUCCUGAUGUCAUUAUAGAGGCUCAGUUUGAUGACAGCGACUCAGAAGGUGGACAUGGCAACACACAGAAUGUUCUGGUCGAUGGUGUUAAGAAACUCUCAGUUUGUGUUCAUGACAAAGGCAAAGAAGACGGUGAUGCCCCCAUCACAAAAGAGGAGAGCCCCUCCAUGCCACAGGACACCAGAGCUUUCUCAGAGAAGUCGCUGCAAAGAUCAGCAAAGGUGGUUUACAUCUUGGACAAAAAACACUCCCGAGCAGCGACGGGCUUUCUCAAACUCUUGGCUGAUAAGAACAGUGACCUGUUUAGGAAAUAUGCCCUGUUUUCUCCCUCGGACCACCGAGUGCCUAGAAUUUAUGUGCCUCUCAAGGACUGUCCCCAGGACUUCGUGACCCGGCCUAAAGAUUAUGCCAACACCCUGUUCAUCUGCCGCAUCGUGGACUGGAAGCAGGACAGCAGUUUCGCCCUGGGGCAGCUGGCUAAGAGUCUUGGGCAGGCUGGUGAAAUCGAGCCUGAAACAGAAGGAAUCCUGACAGAGUACGGUGUGGAUUUCUCUGAGUUUUCUUCAGAAGUUCUAGACUGUCUCCCUCAGCGCCUCCCCUGGACAAUCCCACCAGAGGAAUUCAGCAAGAGAAGAGAUUUAAGGAAAGACUGUAUCUUCACCAUUGACCCAUCAACUGCCCGCGACCUCGAUGAUGCCCUCUCCUGCAAGGCACUUGCUGAUGGCAACUUCGAAGUGGGGGUCCACAUCGCGGACGUCAGUUACUUUGUUCCCGAGGGAUCCCCUCUGGAUAAAGUGGCCGCUGAGAGGGCCACAAGUGUCUACUUGGUUCAGAAGUUCAAAGACGGGCAGAGUGAACAGAGUCAGGAUAGUGGUUACCCUGGAGAAAAGAGGGCCCAGGUAGUGGGGGACUACAAGCGGCUCCUGGUCUGGGUGCUGAUUACAAAAUGGUGGGCCCUACCUGGGCCACUGCGGCGUCUGCAGCCGGCUCACAGGCCCGAGGCUCACGCAGCGUCCUGUAACUUGGGGCUUCGGUUAAUGAUCCUUGGUGAAUGGUUUGGUCGGACCAUCAUUCGCUCCUGCACCAAACUGAGCUACGAGCAUGCCCAGAGCAUGAUAGAAAGCCCGACUCAGAAAAUCCCCGAGGAGGAGCUGCCCCCUAUCAGCCCGGAGCACAGCAGCGAGGAGGUGCACCAGGCUGUCCUGAAUCUCCACGGAAUCGCAAAGCAGUUACGCCAACAGCGGUUUGUGGAUGGCGCGCUGCGUUUGGAUCAGCUAAAGCUUGCUUUCACUCUGGAUCACGAGACUGGAUUGCCUCAAGGAUGUCACAUCUACGAGUACCGUGACAGCAACAAGCUCGUGGAGGAGUUCAUGCUCCUGGCCAACAUGGCAGUGGCCCACAGGACCCACCGCGCCUUCCCUGAGCGGGCCCUGCUGCGCCGGCACCCCCCGCCCCAGACCAAGAUGCUCAAUGACCUCAUGGAAUUCUGUGACCAGAUGGGGCUGCCCAUGGACUUCAGCUCUGCCGGGGCCCUCAAUAAAAGUCUGAACAAAACCUUUGGAGACGACAAGUACUCACUGGCCCGGAAGGAGGUGCUCACCAACAUGUGCUCCCGGCCCAUGCAGAUGGCACUGUACUUCUGCUCGGGGGUGCUGCAGGACCAGGCCCAGUUCCGGCACUACGCCCUCAACGUGCCGCUCUACACCCACUUCACCUCUCCCAUCCGCCGCUUCGCAGACGUCCUGGUGCACCGCCUCCUGGCCGCAACACUCGGCUACAGGGAACUGCCGGACCUGGAACCUGACGCCCUGCAGAAGCAGGCCGACCACUGCAAUGACCGCCGCAUGGCAUCCAAGCGUGUUCAGGAGCUCAGCACCGGCCUCUUCUUUGCCAUCCUUGUGAAGGAAAGUGGCCCCCUGGAGUCGGAAGCCAUGGUGCUGGGCGUCCUGAACCAGGCCUUCGACGUGCUGGUGCUGCGCUACGGAGUGCAGAAGCGCAUCUACUGCAACGCACUGCCCCUGCGAUCCCACCACUUCCAAAGGGUGGGCAAGAAGCCGGAGCUCACGCUUGUCUGGGAGCCUGAGGACCUGGAGCAGGAGCCAGUGCAACAGGUCAUCGGCAUCUUCAGCCUGGUGGAUGUGGUGCUGCGGGCGGAGACCACGGCCCUCAAGUACAGCGCCAUCCUGAAGCGGCCGGGCUCCGAGGGCCUCCUGGGCCCGCAGGACGAGGAGGAAGCCUGAAGACAUGGCCCCCAGCCCAGCCACGCCCCACCCACACGACUGCCCCACCCGCUGGCUUUUAGGAAUAGGACCUUUUGACACCAAAGGGGAUUUUUAAUUUGGUUUUUAACAACUCAGGGUUUUUGUUUUUAUUUCUUCAUUUUGUUUUAUUUUGGCAGCUCAGUUUUUAAACGGACUGGAGAGGAGGCGGUGGGGCUGGACGGAAGGCUGAGGCCUCGCUGGUGCUUAACCAGAGCAGAACAGGACCCGGUCCUCCUGGGAGGCCAGCCCUCUUCUGCCAGGCCACCCACUGCCUUCCCCUGCCCGGGAAACCAGGGGGGUUCAGCAAAUCAGUGUCAUGGAAUAAAAUCAAGUGUCGAUCGCUGUCUGGUGUGUGGGGCACCACCACAGGUCCAGGGCAGCAGGGUGCCCCUUGGACCCAGAGCAAGGGAGCGGGCUCAGGCUACACCCCUCACAGCCCAGCUGAGGUCGCCACCCUCCAGAACCCUCUGUCAGUUCCAGGAUGAUUCAGAGCUGGCCACAUGUCCCGCUGAUGCCAGGGACUCAUUCUGGCUGAUUAGAAACGUAAUUAGUAUGCAAGACAACAAGCUCAGCUAUCAACCUUGCUGCAAGUGGCCGUGUCCAUCCCAGCCCGCACCACUUCCUUUCUGCCUGCCGGCCUCAGGAUGGGGGGCAUGGGCCCUCUAAACCUGCCCCCCCAGGCCCUAGGUCAGAGCUCUGAGUAGCCCGACCAUACCCCCUUGGUUCCGACUGGCCCCUCAGUACCUCCGGGGUCAGUCCCGAACCCCAGCAGCGCUGACCGAGCAGGGGGACUGAGAAGCCCUGGCCUGACAGAGGGGAGGAGACCCCUCAGACUGGCCUUCCCCACUAGGGCUGGGAAAACGGGUGCCUGGUGGCCCUAGCAUGGCUUAGUCACCUGCCUGGCGUCAUCCUGGGCACCUACUGGUGCUCGGGGACCCAGGCACAGAAAUGGAGGGCCACUGGGUGGUGCUGUCUCCCCAGCUGGCCUGCCCCCAGCCCACCCUCCUUCCCCACCUGGUAGGGUGCCACAGGUCGCCUUCCCCGGGGGGGCUGCCAGGAAUGGUGGAAGAAACCCUGGUGCCCCUGGCCCUGGGUCCAUCGUGCCGUUUCCUCUGGUGUCAGCGUCAAGCCCAUUAGAUCUGGUGGCGAUGAAUUGUCUUCAAAGCAGAACUCAAUACAAUACCCUUGGGGAGGGCCUCUCGGGAACUGGAGGGCUCUUGGUGCCACUGCCUUUGUCCGCCUGCGGUGGCUGUCAUGCCUCCGGUGCUGGGCGGGGUGUCAGAGGGGAAUGAAGGACAGUGUUCAGUGUCUUUCUCCUCCUCCAACACCCCAGCCAGCCUUCCAAGUGCUCGUCUUGCCACCCCCAAGAUGUCCCAGAGGCCACCACCUGCUCUCUGUUCCUGUCCCCAGAACCUUCUCCUGCAACCAGGCAUCUGGAAGGGAAGAUAGGUGAUGAUCUGGUGGUGUGGCACUUGGCUGCAGAGAACAUUUCUGGGUGUCUCCUGUCCCGGGCAGCCCGGCAGAGCCCAAGCCCCACCCCCCGCCCCCAGCCUUGGUGCAGAGGAGCAGCCCUGUUCCCCCUGGUGCUGUCCCCGAGCACCUGCCAUAGAGCCUGGGAGCUGGGGGCAGAGCAGAGCCCCCGGGGAGUGGCACCCCUCAGGAAGCGGUGUGUCAGGCCAGACCCUCCUCCCGCUGCUCCCCCAUGGAGCGUCCCUCCCUGGAGGAGCAUAGCCAGCUUGGUCGGCAAGGAAGAUCUUGGCUCCCAGGACUCACUUGGGAGGCAGAGGCGGGUCUCGCCCUGAUGCACCUAGAGCCAUGGGGGCCAUUGCAGCCCCAGCCCGCCCCCCACUCCAUUUGACAGAAGUGGAAACUGGACCCAGCAAGGAAGCAGAUCUCCGGCCUAUGUGACACAGCAAGACCGCCGGGCCAGGACCAGGCCUCAGGCACCUACAGGCCACUGCACCCCCACUGUGGUGCCAUGGGCCCAGAGGAGGUGGCCCGACACCCUCCCCAAGUCACCUGAGUCCGUCUUCAUCCCCUUCCCAGCCCACAGGGCCCUGGCGGAAGUCUGAGGACGGUGCCACCCCUUCUGUGUCCCCACGUGAUGGAGCUGUUGACAAAAGGAUGACCAGGCACAAACCUCAUAAAAAGGAAGACUCAUCAGCCCAUCGGCUGCUCCAGAGCCACUGCACGCCAGCUCGGGCAGGAGGCCUGGAGCGAGCGCUCACAGGGCCGCCUCGAUCACCACGCGGACAGACAUAAUGCAGCUAAUGUCACCGCAGCACGAGGCUCUAGCAGAGUGCCGAGGCUGGAGAGCGUAUUCCGAGCUGCGAGGGGACAGUAGCCAGAAGAUGACACACGGGCCCCACACGGGUGAAGACACUGAGGCUUGAAGGUAUCUGACUGAACCACGAGUUGUGAAGGUCAAAGUCAUUAGGGUCAGAGAACGCUGAGAGGAUGGGCUAGAAGAUGCUGGAACAGGAGAUUGCCUGGACCCUCUGAGCUGGCCAGAGAAACUGCACUCCAUCUAAGGGCCAUGCGGAGCCCCUGAGGGUUUCUGACCAGAGCUGUGCCACGAAAUGGCCUUCACUCUGGUCAGCCGUGUGUUCUCGGGACUGCUGUCCGGAGGGGACUUGUGUCCUAGUGUGGCAGGUGGUGGUGAUGGCAUGAAGGUAAAGCAGGAGGAGGAGGUCGAGUGUGGGCAGAGCCUCAGGGAGCAGGCUGCUGGCUGUUUGCAGGCAUGGGCCCUGAGGUCAGUGCCAUCUGGGUGGUGGAGGGGAGGGAGGCCAGAGCGCAGGAGAGCCAGUGAGCUGGGAUGGUGAGGAGUUUCCUCACAAGGAUGGGAGCAGAUACGGGGUGCAUGCCAGCAUCUCUGCGGAGAACAGACCUGGGGUGGGGGGCAGGCAGUACAGAGGCUGGGGCCGGGGCUGGAGGGUGUGGGGCACAGCAGUAGGGGUCACAGUCGUAGGUAGAGGUGGGAACGUCGUACUCGGCCCUAAAGUGCUGGACGUGGCACUCUGGCUGGACGUCCUCAACACACAGCCCGGACUGGAAGCCUGGGAGGGCUCAGCACUGAAAAUCCAGGAUUGACAAUCUGGGAAGGAGCUGGCACAAGGAGACUAGGGAGGAGGAGCCAGAGAGAGGGGCUGCCUGAGGCUUCAGGAAGACUCCUGUCUUGAUUGCAAAGGAAAGAAACCCAACGCAGAGUGGCUCUGGGAGGAAGGAACUGGUAAGAAGAGUGGAUGUGAACUAGUAGAGGAGGCGGGAAAGCCCACCGUGGGGUGGGCAGGGGUGCCCCAUGCCUCCAGGUCACCUUGGGUGGCUCUGUCUCCCUUCCCUGUUUCCACUUCCUUUCCUCCUGGUGUCAAUCACUUCCUCCACCGUGAUUUUCUGGAAGCAUGAGCUUCUGUGUCUUGCAGCCCACCCUCUUAGAGAGAAACUGACACCCUCUCCCAAGUUAGAGAGACCCCAAGAAAGAAUGGAGUCUGCCCACCCCUGGCCCAUCAGGGAGCUGUCAUGGUAUAGAAUGGUAGCUCCUUGGGUCCCUGGCCGGGAUGGACAAGAAGCUGGGGUGCGGGGCCCUGGAAGAGGCUGCGCCACUGGGGAGCCGGGGCACCACAUGCCCCCGACAGCUGCCGCAAGCACGGUGACGGGGAAGCAGGUGGCCAGGUCGGAGAGGCUGUAAUAAUCCAGGCGAGGUCACCUGAGAGAGGGAGCAAAGCCCAGAUGUCCAGACAGAGCUGGUGCCAGCAGGUGCCAGGUGUCCAGGGCAACAAUGGACUCCCCACAGAGGCGUCAGGGAGGAGUGCCCUGGGGGCCUGGGGCAGAGGAGGGGUGGAGGCAGCAGAAGCCAGAGGUUGCAUUCUUUCUGGGGACCAGAGAGCCUCAAAAGGCUGCUGCUGGGAGUUGAGAGCACGCGGCGGCACGGUGCGGAGUCUUGCGGUGCAUUGGGACGCACAAGGCGUGGGAGGCAGCCAUCCGCCCGGCAGCCGAGGCGGGAAGCGCCCUAACUGCCGGCCAGCACGGGAGGGGCUCGGGGGGGGGGGUGUUGCACACAUGCCACGGCAUGUUAUUGAGCCACGAGAGGGGACAUCCUGCCAGCUGUGACAUGGGUGAGUCUGGGUGAUGUCAUGCUGAGUGAAAUGUGCCAGGCAUGAGAUAAAUACACACUCUCACUUUUAUGUGGAGUCAAAAAUCAUCAAAUUCAUAAAAGAGCAGAGCGCUGGUUUCCAGGGCCAGCCAGGGCAGGGAGGAAGAACGGGGAGAUGUUGGUCGAAGGGUACGAAGUUUCAGUUGUAAGAUAAACAAGUUCCCGGGACCUCGAGUCCAGCAUUGAUACAGUUAACUUUACUGUGUCGUGUGCUCAGAAGCUGCUAAGGGGGUAGAUCUUCAGUAUUCUCACCACAGAGGGAAAAUGAUCAUUAUGAGAUGAUGGGUAUGUUAAUGAACUUGAUCAUGGUGGUCAUUUCACAUGGAUACAAAUUAUCCAGACAUCAAGUUGUACAUCUUAAAUGUAUACAAUUCCUAUUUGUCAAUUGUACCUCAGUGAAGCUGCUAAAUAAACAAAUGAAUACAAAUGG